AUGAUCCCUCUGCGGCCAUCCCUCCUACGGAGGCCUCGAGAGGCGCUUGUGUGCUCACAAUGUCUCUUCGGGCCUCGUUCUGUGCGCCCCGAGGCCAUUCGGGGGUUCCUAUCAUCCUCGAAACGGCGGACCGGGAUUGCGGAUGACCAGUCCCCUUCGGUAUUCCACAAAUCAUAUUUCUCGGCCAAUCGAUUGAACGACGGGUCAAGUAGCAAAGGCGGCUUGUUGUCUUCGCUUGCGUCCUCCGACGUGAAAAGCAAAUCAAACGCUUCAUCUCCCGACGAUCCGCACGUCAGUCAGGUCAAUUCGUCUGCAACAGCAUCGUCCGCUGCGAUUGCGACAGAAGCAACAUCAGAACUACCACAUCGGCGGCGGAAGCGCUUGAAGGAGGAAAGCAAUGCAACAGGGAAACCAGAACCCAGCCUCCCACUGGAUGCCUCGGCGCAAUUGUCGAACUUCUCAUCCACACUCCCCACCACCUCCCUGCGCCGCAAGUUGGCUGCGUAUCUCGCCCUGACGAAACCGCGACUCUCCUUCUUGAUCGUCCUCACCACCACCUCUGCAUACGGAAUGUACCCAAUCUCGUCCCUGCUCACCCUCGACCCGGCCAUGACCCCACUUCCUACACUUUCCACCUCGACCCUGACCUUUAUAUACCUGACGGCGGGCACUUUCUUGUCUUGUUGCAGCGCCAAUACACUGAACAUGAUGUUCGAACCGAAAUUCGACGCACUCAUGUCCCGGACGCGUAAUCGUCCUAUCGUUCGCGGACUUGUCUCGCGCCGGGCAGCUCUGCUCUUCGCGAUUGGCACCGCCGUCACGGGCCUCUCACUCCUUUAUAUCGGGACUAACCCGACAACUACCGCCCUAUCCGCCGCCAAUAUUUUCCUAUAUGCCUUUGUAUAUACACCAUUGAAGCGAAUGCACGUAAUCAAUACCUGGGUUGGCGCAGUUGUUGGUGGUAUCCCACCGCUGAUGGGAUGGAUCGCCGCGGCAGGCCAGACAGCGACGAUUGGCCAUGACUCAUGGCGCGACAUGCUCUUCAGCGAAGAGAGCAUAGGUGGAUGGCUGCUGGGUGGAAUCUUGUUCGCCUGGCAAUUCCCCCAUUUCAACGCCCUGUCCCAUCUCAUCCGCGAUGAGUAUAAAGCAGCCGGCUAUAGGAUGCUAUGCUGGGUGAACCCAGCUCGCAGUGCUCGGGUUGCUCUGCGCUACUCUAUUCUGAUGUUCCCCAUCUCCUUUGGUCUUUGGUGGGUUAAUGUGGUCGGACAUGGUUUCCUUGUCGGUAGCACUGUCGCCAAUGGCUGGCUGGUCCGCGAGGCAUACCGCUUCUACCAACAUCAGGGCGCGAACGGCACUGCACGUGGCCUCUUCUGGGCCAGUAUCUGGCAACUGCCUAUUCUCCUGGUUGGCGGCCUAGUGACCAAGAAAGGUCUCUGGGAUGGCGUUUGGAGGAAUAUAUUCGGACAAUCCGACGAAGAGGAUGAGGAGUAUCUGUACUACGAGGAUGAAGAAGAGCUUGAAGGCGGGAAGGCUAAGCUCCAAAAUGCCACAUCAACCCGUGCACCUUCAACCCGGACAAGUACUUUGUCUACUGUAUGA